ACCAACUGCUCAUCAAAUCAACUAGGUAUCUACUCAUUGGGAGCUCUUAUAAAUACUUGAGGUGCGAACAUUGAAUUUCAUUAACUCGACAACACUUUUUUCGCGAAAAGUUUGCAGUACAAGCAGUGACAGAAGCAUCGCGCUACAACGUACAAUUAUUAAUUUGCAAAAUUACCGAAAAUGAAAUCGUUUUUACUACUGACGCUGUUAUUGGGCGUUAUUUCUGCUUCAACAGGAUAUUCUCGAAAUGUCGCCAUAAAGGAUGUGAGUGACGCGGGGGAAAGCGAAGACGAAUUGGAUGAAGACGAAGACGUGUACAAGGAGGAAGAUGAAGAAGAAAAGGAUGACGAAGAAGAAGAGACUAUACAUCCAAGCCUCAUCUGUACACUACUCACCACCCAAGGAUGCGACGCAGGUUGUCAAAUUGUCGGCAACAUAUACGGUACUCCAAGCACCGGACACUGCGACGAUGAAACUGCUUGUUUGUGCGAACCUUCCGAAAAUACCUCUUUGGUAGCCUUAUGGAAUCGCAAAUUCGAUAACAGAUUCGUUUUACCCGGCAUCAAAGUCGACGCAAAACUAUCGGAAAAAGUCAAAGAGCUAUUAAAAACAUCAACAAAAUCGUCAGAGGAAACCAAAGAAGAGCUGAAAUCCAUUUUACCUAAACAGUAUCAAAAAAUUCGCAUCAAGGCUAAAGCUAUUCCUACCACCAUACCCCAAGCUGAUGGGAAAUUCAACAAGGAACUCGCCAAAAAAUACACCGACCUCAAGUUACAACCAUUCAUGAACGGAAAAUUUUCAAAAAACAUCGAUUACAAGAAGUCUCUCACCGAAGCUUUGGAGAAAGCUCCGGAUGAAGAUACUUUCCAACAUCUGGUACACGAUGUUCGUAGUACGAGGAAUUCCGUAUUGGGAAAAAUAGUCGACGAAUACUUGAAAUCAAAGAAAAAAACAGAAAGCUCGGUGGAGAAAGAAGACGAUCUUACUGACUUUGUCAACAGUCACAUCAUCAACAAAUACAUAACAGCUAUUUCAGCCAAACGUUCAGAAAUGCCGAAAUCAAAAUCUACAACACCUGCUCCACGUCCAGUAACGCCGAACAAAAAGCCAUCUGAUUCGAACCAAGGUCCUAUUAAAUCAUCUACCAAGUCUCGAGCAGAUUACAGUCUCGCGGAUCUAGAUACUACUCUCAACCCCAAAGAUUAUCCCCCGCUGAGCAGAGCACCCUAUCCGUCUAAAAUUCCCGACUUUACAACGCCAGAUGCAACCAUUAACAAAAACCUUAUCGACAGUUUAAAAGAACCUUUUGACAAAAUCUGGUCAGGACCUGGUUAUUAUAUACGUUACAAUCGCCAAUCUCCGUCAGGUCCAACCCUAUUUAGUUGGAGAAAAAACCAAGACGAAGUUCACAUCAAGAUAUUUGAAGGUGGAGCAAUUGAUCAAAUUUGGCAUUUUUACACUCCGUUUGGGUAUAAAGUUCCUAUAUGGUUGUUUCAAGAUACCGAUGGAUCUCGCAAACAAAUAUGGAAAUUCGCUAGAGCCUACUUUGAAUACGACGAUGAAAAGGAUUCGCAACCUCACGGAGUUUGGAACAACAACUUCGUAGACGCGCAUGCGUACACGAUGUACGGUAAAUUUAUCAAAUCCUGGUGCGAUGCCAACGAUUUUUUCGUUGGAAAAGAACGGUGUGUCAUUUUUUAAUGAACUUCGAUCAUCAGAGGACAUGGAAGUAGAAAGAAUGACAACAAUAUUGUAAUACUUAUUAGAAUUAUCAUGUGUAGGUAUAGUACAUGCAAUAAAACUUCAUGUUUUAAAUGACAA